GACCUCGCUUCCUCAGCCAUUCUUUCCCAAUAAUUUUAUUACGUGCCCUCACAGAUGCCACCUGUCCCCAAUGACGUCGGACAAGACCUCCUUCUCUCACCUGCCCGAAAGGUGUUUGGUCCGACGGUUCUCGGGACGUUCCUCAGUACAGACCUUAGUCAACGCCUUAUAGCACGGCAAGCCGCCGCCACUUUAGUCAAGACUUCAGCGUGCGCCGAGCAACCAUUCCUCGAAAGGCAGUAUGCUUAUAUAACGACUGACUCAAACUCAGUGCGUGACUAAACAUGAAAAUAACGCGUGACACAAAGAUUACAGAAGUUUCGGUGAUCCAUCCAACCAAUGCUGCGUGGCUCAUGCAAGCCGGCCUAUAUUGAGGGAGCUUGAACAAUGGUGGCGCAUAAGGAAUAAGACCAAAUGAUCACUGCUACAUUUGUCCAUCGUCACUUCCUGCUAGUCGCAUUCUUCCCCAAGUACUGCGCGGGAGAUGCAACAUCGUCAUCAGGAUGAGCUUUCUGUAUGAACGUUAAUGUGAGACAUAUAUUCGAUAUCAUCGAAUCGGAAACCUUGACUCACAUAUCCAUCAUAUGGUUGAUGAGGGAGCUCUCUGUCCGUCCUCAGAUACCAUUGUGGGGAUGAAGUUAUGCACAAGACUUCCUGGACCAAGCGGAUCUGCUCUGGGUCCAAGGCGGUGGCGAGCGCAGUUGCAUUCCUGUUCGAACCGGAAGCAAAUACAAAACAAUGGUCAAACCCAGUAUUGCCCACAAUAUCUAGACCCUUCAUGGACUUCAAAGUGCCACCUGUGUCCUUGUGAAGAAUCCUGUAUACACACUUCGUCGGCACAGUGGUGGAUCUGAUAUCGUGCCAGUUGAUCCUCUUGCGGAUAUCGAAAAUUGCCUUCAGAUCAUCUGGACGUUGGUUGUUCGUCACGAGAUUGUGAUGCCGAGCAUACAUGAGCAACCAGGUGUGAGAAACACAGUAGCCAUACAUCAUGUAACGAGCACCGUCGGUCAUGAGAGAUAUGUUUGGC